UUGCCAGUAGGUGGAGUUUUGCUGGCUGAGUCCAUCAUCGAACCUCUGAGUGGACGGAUGGUGAGAGUAGGAGGGGCCAGCAUACGAGCUGGGCAAAUGCUCCCCAAUGCUGGAGGAUACCAGGCUCUCCUAGACUGCAAGGUGCUGUUGGAAAUAUCCAAAGAUUAUGUAUCAUUAAAUUUAUGAUGCACAAACUGUAUUUGAAAAUUGACCAAACAAAUUUCCUCUUUUCUACAACUUUUUGUAGUUAAGAGGCACACAUUGACAUGAAUGAGAGUGAAACUUUUCUUAAUUAGGUUCUGGCAGUAAUGUUCAAAGUAUUGGAGCUCCUGAAGCCACUAACUGAAGAAUGGGGAUCAGAACAAACUUUGCAGCGCCAUCAGGGCAGUGAGAGAGGGAGCGGUCGACAAGAUCAUCUUCUGACUGCAGCCAAGGAGCUCCAGCAGGCCUGGGGAAGGAGCCUGCACUGCCAGCUGCAGCUGCAGACCAGGCUGGAGAUUCUGCUGGACUGGGCUGUGGGUCUCCAGCAGGAUGGAGGAACUCUGGGAGAGAUGCCUCUCCCAGGUUCAGAUAUGUGUGUUCCAGCUCUACUGGGGAUGGAGUACCCUGACCCUAUGGGAUCUGGUCUUAUGGUACCAGUACUGGGGUGUCAGACUGAUAUUGUCUCUGGAAUUAUAAUACCGUUGGCAGGGACCAUGGACGACCCGGACGGAAAAGGCUUAGUGGCCAUCCGUUAUGGAUCUCUGACUGUUGACCCAGUGACAGGGGUUUUGGCCCCGGUGGUUGGAGCCAGGCUGGAUCUAUGCAGAAAAACUGUGGUACCUGUCACUGCUUCUUACUGGCUAACGGUGGCGGAUCAAACUGAUAGUGUGCAGGUAGAGGCGCUGCAGAGAGAGGUGUGUGUGCGAAACACUCACUGGCAGCAGCAGAGGCAGCGGGAGGAAGAUAUUCUCUCUGAUCUGGACGCUGCUUUAUUUCAGUGCCUCUUCAGAGUCACAGAAGCAAACUCUUAUCAGGUCCAGUGGUCAGGGAGGCAGCUGAGGGAAGCAGCCAUGGAACUGCAGGAUUCAGCACAGACCGAGGCCCAGAGGAGAGCAGCUCAGCGCUCUCACUUGGCUCUGAUCUUGCCUCCACAUGCAUUACACAUCCUCACACUGGGUGACGCGGAGGAGUGGGAUCAGCAGUGUGUUUGGCACUCAGAGCUUGUGUCAGGCCUUGAUAAGGUGGAUGUGUGUAUGGAGCAGCUGCAGCAAGAACAAGAAAAAUGCAUAACACACGGAGGAGACUGGGCAACAGCACAGCAAGCUAUGGACAGAGAGCUGAGACAGAGAGGGCUGUGGGAGCAGUGUUGUUCCAGACAGACAGAGUUGGAGGCUGCUCUUAAUGUGUUGCACUUUGUCAGACACCUUUCUCAGCUCCGCGCCGACACUGCUCAGGCAGUACUGUGCGGAAACUUUUGGUACAAGGAAUAUGGUCUGGUCCAGUGCGGCGUGCAUAGACCGACUGUGAAGGUCAUGGGUUUGCUCCAGCAGAUUGCUUUGCCUCUGCUGGAGAGACUGAACCAGCUCCUGGAAGACAAACAGCCUGCCAGCUUCUCCCCCAACACUUGCAAUCAUCACAUUUCCGGUUUGUCAACAAAGCAUGCAUAUGGGCUGGAGAUAGGCUCCAGAGUCUGGACAACGUCUGUGCCUGUGGUGAAAGGAAUCUCCACCCAAUCUUUGACGGAGCCUAUCAAUUUAGCUCAAUCCCAGGACACGGGUCUGCAGGCCAGCUCAACACCGACGCACAACUCACAAAGACACACCACAUCCUCUGGAAUCCACUCCCAGGAGAGCCAGCAGAUGAAAGAGUCUUCUCUGCCAACACAUAUAUCUGUCCCCACAAUUCCAGAGGAGGAGUGGGGCAAGCUGCUGGAGCUCUCUCCUUUGUUCCAGCUGUUGAAAGAGGUGCAGCUACAGCUGAAGGGCUGGGCCUGUGGGGCAGGGCUUCUUAAAGGAGAGCUCGCUGACAAAGGCAAGAGUUUUAUAGAUGUCCUUGAUGCUCAGUGGGAAUGUGAAGGAGAGCUGAUCCCUUUGGACCCGUCAGUCCUAAACCCCAGGGAAUUCUUGGUCUACAAGCAUGGACUAUUCCUUAUACAAACACUGAAUAAUCUAAAACUGACUCCAGAAAUGUCACUUCAGAUAGCAGAUAGUCUCCCAAACAACAACUACUUCAACAACGCCUUCAGAAAUUCCUUCUUUUAUCAGGAAGCAGAAGAGACCCUCUUUGUCCGUCGCCAGAGGCUUCAGUCAGUUGGAGGCUUCUCUCUGCUGCUACUCCACUGUCUGUCCCAUGUCAAAAUUAAAGACAUGAGCUCUGACUCCAGUCCUGCCUUCCAGAGGCUUUUCUUCAAGAUAUUGCAGGCAUGUUUGGGAGAACUGUUUCAGGCCAGACUGGGCGUGCACCCCUCUGGACAGGAAGCCAAUUUGUGUGUGUUGUGUUGUGAAGGGGCCUCUUCAGGGGCCUUAAAAGGGACUCUAUCAGACUCUCACGCUGCCUCCCUGCUUUACAGACUUCAUAAACCAAACAGAGGGUUGCUGUCUGAAGAUGAAGUUGGGGAACUUCACAGGAAACACAGAGACAUUUCCCUGUUCUCCAAUCUUGAAGGAAUUUUGAGAGUUAAGAGCUCUGGUGUUUCAGAGAAAGAUGGAGACCAGAUUGGGUAAACAUAUGUACUUUUAUGCAUCCAUAUUAGUGUGCAGAAAUGUUAGUUUUAAAAUUCAAAACCAUUCACCCCAUCCAUAAAAUCAUGGACUCUCCAGGUAAAUAAUUAAGAGCGUCAGUGAAGUUUGAUGGCUGAAAUCUGCAUGUGGGAAGACUUUCUGGUAGAGCUGUUGUCUCAUGUUGUUACUUGCUGACCUACGGAAGGAAGUCCUGGACCAAUCAGCGUUUCCUGGACUUAUCAGUGGACUGCAUUCUAUGGAUAUUUUGCACUUUACACUGGUUGCACUUUAUUGCUUAAUAUACUGUUUUUAUAUUAUUCUUAUUGUGAAACUCAA